CAGCGCUGACCCGGAUGUUCUCUCGCGCGUCCGUCCGGGAGCAGCUGUCUCGUGAUGAGGUUUCAGUGCUGUAUUCUCGCUCGCGCCAGAACAAUAAAACUGAGAUUAUCCGGUCAUUCUCAACACGGAAGACUUCCGCGCGUCUCCAGUCUUUAUGACCGUCAGGCUUUGCGAUGCUUUUGCACAGAAAGCUCCAAACCAUAUUACAUCACAACUCCCAUCUUCUAUGUGAACGCGUCUCCUCACAUCGGUCACGUGCACUCAGCUGUCACCGCGGACUGUCUGCACAGAUACAAACUCUUAAAGGGAUACAACUCCAGAUUUGCCACAGGUACAGAUGAACAUGGUCUGAAGAUCCAGCAGGCAGCCAGUAAUGCUGGUCAAGAGCCUCUGAGCUUCUGCACUGAGGUUUCAGAGCGUUUCAAGCAUGUUUUCCAGAGAUGCAGUAUUUCAUACACGGACUACAUCCGGACAACAGAGCCAAGGCACAGACAGGCCGUUGAACACUUCUGGACGGUUCUCCAGAGCAAAGGCUUCCUCUACAAAGGCACUUAUGAAGGCUGGUACUCCACUCCAGAUGAAAGUUUUCUCACUCCAACUCAAGUUACUGACAGCACAGACUCGGAGGGAAGACCGAUCAAAGUAUCCACCGAGAGCAGCCACAAGGUGGAGUGGAUGAAGGAGGACAAUUACAUGUUCCGCCUCUCAGACUUUCGCGCCAAAUUACUUCACUGGCUGAGAUCGAACCCGAAGGUCAUCCAGCCGGUGAAGUUUCACGAUUUGGUUCUCCGGUGGCUGGAGGACGACAUCCCGGAUCUGUCAGUGUCUCGGCAGAAGAGCCGGCUCCAGUGGGGAAUCCCGGUCCCGGGCGAUCCAGAGCAGACCAUCUACGUUUGGCUGGAUGCUCUGGUGAACUAUCUGACGGUGGUCGGUUUCCCUCAGAAUCACUCUCAAUGGUGGACAGCGGUGCAUCACGUCGUGGGCAAGGACAUCCUCAAGUUUCACGCCAUAUACUGGCCGGCGUUUCUCAUGGCUGCAGGGUUGCCUCUUCCUCAGGUGAUAUACGUUCACUCGCACUGGACAGUGGAGGGAAAGAAAAUGUCCAAGAGUCUCGGAAACGUGAUCAACCCUUUGGACGCCAUUGAGAAGUUCAGUGUGGAUGGUUUGAGAUACUUUCUUCUCAGACAAGGCGUUCCUGAUUCGGACUGUGACUAUUAUGACGAUAAAGUCGUUAAGAUGUGCAACAGCGAGUUAGCGGAUGCUCUCGGAGGGCUGUUAAACCGCUGCACAGCUCCUCUUAACCCCACACAGGUGUAUCCUCACUUCUCCGACACCUGCUUCCCAAAGGAAGAGCUCGCUGGAAGAGCCGUCUCGGAUGAUUACAGAAUGAUGGAGGCUGUAUCGGCGCUUCCGGACUUAGUAGAGCAGCACUUUGAGAAUCUGCACGUCUAUAAAGCGCUGGAGGCCAUUAGCGCAUGCGUACGGCUCACUAACGGGUUUUUACAAAGACAUGCCCCGUGGAAGCUGGACCGGAACGAUCCCGGAGACCGGCGGUGGCUUGAUACAGUCCUUCAUGUGUCUCUAGAGUGCCUCAGGUUUUAUGGGAUUCUCCUGCAACCUGUGGUGCCGGGACUUGCCCAUAAAAUUUUAUCCAGGUUGGGAGUCGCGCCCGAGGAGAGAAGCUGGGAUUCUCUCAAAUUUUUGAUGAGAUAUGAAGGACGAGGCUUGGAAGGAAGAGCGCUGGGUCCUGAUUUGGGAGUGUUGUUUAGUCGUCUGGAGAGGAGUACGGUGAAACGGAAAACUCCCAAAAUGGCAACAACAGAAGACGAGUCAAAAUCUGAAUGAA